UCACACAGGGAAGGCAAGCAGUCCAAAUUCACUGGAAUUUUGAAAUUUCCCAAAUGACAAAUUAAGGCACAAAACAAGGACAUUGGACAAACAACUAAAACGAGCAACAAGGGAUCAUUCUAAUUUGGUGAAACAUGUCUUUGACUUUGCUUCUGCUGUGCUCAUGCCUCAGUGUCAUUUCCAGCACACCUGUGUUUUUUGGAGACAUGGCUGAUCAGGACAGCACCAUCAGUGUAAGCAUCCCUUUAGAACAGCCACUGCGCCCCCUGCUGGGUGGAAGUAUGGUUAUCCCCUGCUACUUUCAAGACAACGUUGUCCGUGAUCCUGGUGCUACAACCAUCUCCCCGCUCUCCCACCGUAUCAAGUGGAGCUACAUCUACAAGGGCACAAUAAGCCUUAUUCUGGUCGCCACCGGAGGACUGGUGAAAGUUGAAACGGACUACUUGGACCGGGUUCAUAUGGUGAAUUACCCCAUGGUGCCAAGUGACGCCACCAUUGAGAUCUCAGAACUUCGUUCCAAGGACUCUGGCACCUACAGGUGUGAGAUCAUGCAAGGCAUUGAAGAUAACUAUGAUUCUGUGGAAAUGCAAGUUCAAGGUAUUUUGUUCCACUACCGAGCGAUUUCCACCCGAUACACCUUGACAUUUGAGACAGCAAAGGCCGCCUGCAUUCAAAACAGUGCUGUUAUCGCAACUCCUGCUCAGCUGCAAGCGGCCUUUGAUGAUGGAUUCCAUCAAUGUGAUGCUGGCUGGCUCUCGGAUCAAACUGUGAGGUAUCCCAUUCAUGAGCCAAGAGAGCCUUGCUAUGGAGACAAAGAAAACUUUCCAGGUGUAAGAACAUAUGGAGUCCGAGAUGUCAAUGAGACCUAUGAUGUCUACUGCUUUGCAGACAAAAUGAUAGGCAAAGUGUUUUACUCCUUCUCUGCGGAGAAGUUCACGUUUUCUGAAGCUGAAGAGCAAUGUGCAAAGCUUGGAGCCCAGCUGGCCACCACAGGACAACUGUACCUGGCAUGGAUGACUGGUAUGGAUGUGUGUAAUGCUGGCUGGCUAGCAGACAGGAGCGUGCGGUACCCCAUUAACACACGCCGACCCCAGUGCGGCGGAGGGCUUCUGGGAGUGCGAACUGUUUACCUGUUUCCAAAUCAGACUGGCUACCCCCAUCCAGACUCCCGCUAUGAUGCAAUCUGUUACAGAGAACAAGAAGUCAAGGUUUCAAAGACCUCACCAUUCCCUGAAAUAUACACUAUUACAGAUUCUGGGUUCAGUGUGGCUACAGUGACUUUAAGUCCUUUAGACUACACACAACAGGUGACCACAAAUGAGGAGGCCCGUGGGGAGACUGAAGAAACUCUUAACAUUACCAGUACAGAAGACCCCCUAUCCAUUUCUCCCAACACAACUGAGACAAGCUCACUGGUAGAAGAAGAAGUGAUCGAAGUGGCCACGGCUCAGCCUGACCUGGGAUAUGAUAUUACCAAAGACAAUGUGACCACUGUUCAUCCAAUCGUCCCUCCAUUCUCUGUGGACAUGACUGGAUCGGGCUCCGCAUCAGGUCAUCCAGAUCACAGUUCUGGGGAUGUAUCUGGAUCGGGGUCUGCAUCGGGUCAUCCACAUCACAGUUCUGGGGAUGCCUCUGGAUCGGGGUCUGCAUCGGGUCAUCCUGGUUUCAGUUCUGGGGAUGCAUCUGGAUCGGGGUCUGCAUCGGGUCAUCCUGGUUUCAGUUCUGGGGAUGCAUCUGGAUCGGGGUCUGCAUCGGGUCAUCAUGGUUUCAGUUCUGGGGAUGCAUCUGGAUCGGGGUCUGCAUAGGGUCAUCCAGAUCACAGUUCUGGGGAUGUAUCUGGAUCGGGGUCUGCAUCGGGUCAUCCAGAUCAAAGUUCUGAUGAUGUAUCUGGACAAGGCUCUGCAUCAGGUCAUCCUGAUUUCAGUUCUGGGGAUAUUUCUGGAUCAGGCUCAACAUCAGGCCAUCUUGAUCUGAGUUCUGGGGACGUAUCUGGAUCGAGCUUAACAUCAGGUCUACCUGAUCUCAGUUCUGGGUAUGUCUCUGGCUUUGGGUCAGCAUCAGGUCUCAGUUCUGGGUACAUAUCUGGAUUGGGGUCAGCAUCUGGUUAUCUUGAUCUGACUUCUGGAGACAUAUCUGGAUCAAGCUCAGGAUCAGGCUUUCAUGCUUUCAGUUCCGGGGACAUAUCAGGAUCAGGCUUUCCUCAAUUCAGUUCUGGAGACAUGUCUGGCAGUGGCACGCCCAGUGGGGACAUAUCUGGUUCUGGCCAAAGUGGUGAUGAAUCAGGUUUUUUUGUGCAGUUCGGAGAAAGUGCAGACACACUUAUUUUGGGGACUUCUGCUUCAGGUAGUGCUCAGGAGGCAAAAGAAGGUAGUAGUGUUUUCAUUACUUUAGGAGUAGAAUCAGGGGAUUGGGAAUCUGGUGAAGUAUCUGGACUCUAUCAUGAAGGAAGUUGGGCUAGUGGCCUUCCAUCGGGACUUGGUAGUGGAAUUAGCGGUUCAGGAGUUAGUGGUCUUUCAUCUGGACUCUGGAGUGAAGUUAGUGGUUCAGGAGCUAUUGGCCUUCCAUCAGGACUUGACAGUGAAGUUAGUGGUGCAGGAGCUAUUGGCCUUCCAUCAGGACUUGACAGUGAAGUUAGUGGUGCAGGAGCUAUUGGCCUUCCAUCUGGACUCUGGAGUGAAGUUAGUGGUUCAGGAGCUAGUGGCCUUCCAUCAGGACUUGACAGUGAAGUUAGUGGUGCAGGAGCUAUUGGCCUUCCAUCAGGACUUGACAGUGAAGUUAGUGGUGCAGGAGCUAUUGGCCUUCCAUCUGGACUCUGGAGUGAAGUUAGUGGUUCAGGAGCUAGUGGCCUUCCAUCUGGACUCUGGAGUGAAGUUAGUGGUUCAGGAGCUAGUGGCCUUCCGUCAGGACUCAACAGUGAAAUUAGUGGUUUAGGAACUAGUGGCCUUCCUUUGGGAUUCGGAAGUGGAAUUAUUGGUUCAGGAUCAAGCGAAAUAUACAGUGGUGCUGAACUGAGUGGGUCAGGCUUCUUUGGUGUGUCAUUCUUAGACACAGAAAUUAUUGAUCUAACCGCAAGGCCAUCUGGAGAACAGGAAUUGUCUGGAGUUUCACCAUUUGGCUUGAAUUAUGUUAGUGGUUCUGGCUCUCACUCUUCAUCUUCUGGUUCAGGUGACAAAUCUGACCACUUUGAAAGACUAAAUGAUAAGAUUAUUAUUCUAACAGAUGAUGAGAUCAUUGAGUUUGUCUCUGGGCCUACAACUAGAACAGAACAAGGCCGUGGAUCUGUGGAGGUCAGUGGGGAGGGCAGUGGUCAAGAACAUUCAGCUGAUGGCAUCUCAGGCUCCCCUAACAGAAAUUCAUAUGAACAUCACUUGAUUUCCAGUGGAACGGAUGAUCUCCUAGCAGAAGAAAUUGGGCAACUUAGUAGCACCACAGAGGCGUUUGAUGCCACUGAUCUGUCCCCAGUGGAAACCACAGUAUCCACCAUCUCAGAUUUCAUCACUUCUCCUUCAGUUUCACUACAAACACCAGAAUCUAUAGAGGAGCCCACAGUUACUGAUGCUUUUGCUAACCCCUGUGAACCAAACCCCUGUGGCGAUGGCUCCUGCUCCAUACAACAUGGCAUUGUUGUAUGUCAGUGCCCACCAGGAUUCAGCAGGGAGAAUUGCUCAAUAUCGAUACGGGGAUGUGCUGAGGGGUGGAUGGAGUUCAUGGGCAGCUGUUACAUCCACUAUGAUGAGCGUGAGACCUGGGCCGGUGCUGACCAGCGCUGUCAAGAGCUAAACUCUCACUUGGUUAGCAUAACCUCUCAGCAAGAACAAGACUUUGUCAGAACUCAGGCUUAUAACUACCAGUGGAUCGGACUCAGCGACAAAGAAGCGGAAAAUGAGUUUAACUGGACCGAUGGAAGCAUUUUGAAAUAUAAAAACUGGAGACCAAACCAGCCAGAUAAUUACUUCAGCACAGGUGAAGACUGUGUUGUAAUGAUAUGGCAUGAAGAUGGCCAGUGGAAUGAUGUGCCCUGCAACUACCAUCUACCCUUUACUUGCAAAACUGGACCUGUCACAUGUUCAUCACCUCCUGAGGUGAGGAAUGCAAGGGUGGUAGGCAGCCGCAAAGAACGCUACACUGUUAAUUCGAUCAUUCGGUACAAGUGUGACAGUGGAUUCACACAGCGCCACCUUUCUGUGGUGCGGUGUAUGGCAGAAGGCCAGUGGGAGCAGCCUCAUGUUGAAUGUAUAGAAGGUAAAACAAUCAACAGACUUCGGAAGAGAUCCCUCAAGACACGUCCCAAAGCAGUCAAAAGUCGGACAUGGAGAAAAAUCCUCUAAACAAGAGAAAGGUCAAAUACUUUUAAAUAUCCAGAGGACUGUAUCAUCUGUACACAAGCCUUUUUACUGUAAGGAAGGGACCAACCUUACGUAAUGUCAAACAUUUCUGUAGUCCACCUCGCUUAUUUCCAAGUGCUACUCAGAGCUUUUGCUUAGAGUAAAGGAUUUGUUUAUUUAAAAGAUUUUAUUCUGCCCUAUUUUUAUUCCUUAAUUGCGGGAUCAUAAAAACCUAUCAGGAAGAUACAGACUGAACUUGUGUGUUUCAGUCUGAGUACACAGCAAAAUCGCCAGUGUUAAAAAAUGUAAAAUUAACUCUCACAGUAUAUAAUCCACACUAUGGGAGUGUGGAUUAUAUAUACACUGUGGGAUUAUAUAUACACUGUGAGUGUUAAUUUGACCUUUUUUAACACUGGCGAUUUUGCUGUGUACACAAUUACUACAAGCACCAUUUUGUCCCCAAAAUAAAAGCAAAUUGAGGGCAUUAACUGUACUAUUAGUCCAAGUGUUUGUGAAAUUUCCUUUCAGGUCACAUGGUGGAACUAUUGCGGAUUUAUGUAAACUUGUAACGUUUUUACAUCCUAGUUGCACAAUACUUCACUGUGAUCAUUUUUAGAUUGGAUAAAAUCACAUACUCGCAUUAUAUUUGUAAUAUUUCCUGAUUUGGGGAUUCAGCUAUUCUAAUGUUGCAUGCUAUCCCAUAAAGAAUGGGUAGAUGGUGAAACAGGAUACAACCCAAGACAUCUGAUCACAAUGCUAAACAUAAUACUAUAGGAAUAUAAUAGAUGAAAAGGGAUUGUCCUGGGUCAUAGAGUGUUUUUAAACGUAAUAACAAGACAAAAGGCUUUAAUGUCUACAGCUGGAUGCAUUUUAAGCACAUUAGUAUUUCAAAUUCUUUGAUUAUGACGUGUCUUUUCCUUUGUUUUUGUUGUUUGUUGUAGUUUAAAUGUCUAGUUUGACCACAGAGAGCAAGUUAUCGCUGUGAAACUGUGAAAGAUAAAAUGUCCCCUCGUCUCAGCUUGCAUAAUAGACAAAUGUUUACUCGAACUAGAAAGUUAUGUCUACGGUAGCUGUAAUGACACAAUUCUAUCCGUCAAAGGAAAAGAAUGAAUGAUUAUCAUGAUUCAGUGCUUAUAUCUUGUGCAAUGCAUUUGCUUUUUCAUAAUUUAUUGAGUCACAGGUUCACAAGUUCAUAUGAACAUUCAACUUGACUUGGGUCUUAGACUACUUAAUAUGAGUUAGUAAGUAAACAAUAGCAAUAGUAGAAAUAAUGAGAGUUGGGGAAAUAAUAGAGUUGGGGUGGUGGUAAGGUGCUGGAGAAACUGUGGCUACUACAGCUCCUCCUGAACGUUUCCAUUUUGACAUUAGAGGACAUUUUGUUUACAUUUGAACUGUAUGUCUAGAAACACAAUAUUGAUACGCAUCCAUAUUCCAAUGAGCACCAAAAUAACAACAGAGUUUUGCAGUUGUGCUCGACUUCAACUUUUGAGUUAAAAGAUCUGUCCUGCUGCUCCUGAAUCCCUGAAAUAAACAGACUAAAUGUGUGUCAAUAAAGGUGAAUUCCUUUUAAUAAAAAUGUGUGCCACAAAGAGACUUAAGACAAAAAAUAUGCUGUAUUCGGUUCCUGUUAACACCUGACCUGAUCUAUUUUUAGACAAUAUAUAAACAAUUAAACCAAUAUACUGUAUAUAUUAUAACAAUUGUUACACAUAGUACCUACUAUAUGAUAUUUUCUCAAGGGGAAACACCUAAACACUGAUUCACACACAUGACUUACUUAACACUGCGUAUCUUUAUGUGCAGCCCAAUGAAAAAGUCAGGCCGAAGAACACUGAUGGCUUUCAUGAGCUACUCUUCCCCAGCCUUCCAAGUUUGGGAAGCAGCGUAAACACAGCACAGGACCGUAAACACAGCACAUCUUUGACGCCCAAGGAAUCAUAACAUUACAAGUAGUGCUGUUUGCUCAGUAGUAGCACAAGUACACCCCUCACAUAUGUGUUUUGAUGCUAAACAGAAACUCAAUGGCACCAUUAUCGUGUGUGAAGUUUUACCUUUCUAACCCUGGAUCUUUCUCCCAAAUAAUGCUGGAAGACAUA